GUCUCAGGCCCCACCCUACACAUCCAUCAAUCGGUCUUCAGCCCCGCCCCAGGUCGUUGGGUGGCGGUUGGUGCAGAGAGCAUUUGAGAAGGAGGAGCCAGAGAUACGGUCUCCAAUCAUGGACCUUCCUGCGGCCCCUGGGCCGCCCGUUCUACCGUCUCCACAACCCCGGGGGCUCCCUCCCCGCCGCUCCCGCAGCCGCCGGGACCUGGCGCUGCUGGUGAUAAUGCUGGCGGCUCUGCUGGCCGCCGCUUCCCGGGGCUACCUGGGCUCCCAAGACGCCCAGGCCUCGGCGCUGCGGGAGACAGCCCUGAUCCCCGGAAAGAUCUCGUUCUUCUUCUCUGCUUUGGAUGUGAACAGGGACAUGUACAUCAGCCCUAAGGAGUUCAAGCCCAUUGCUGAGAUAAUGAGAGUAGUAAAACCUAUCACUGACUUUGAAAAGACAGAGGAAUUGAAGGAGGAGACUUCCUCUCAGGAGGAGGAGCUGGCUAUUGUAACUCCAUUCGAGCCCCUGCUGCUAGACACCACAUCAAACAGUAAAACUGGUUUCAAAGAGGAGGAACCUUUAGAACCAGUUUAAAAAUCUCAGAAGAAAAUCUGUUUUGUUACUUCAUAAUCAUAUCAAUUUUUUUGACCAAAAAAAGCAUUUUCUCAGAUUGAUCAUCUACCUUCUUCACCAGACUUCACUUCCACUGACUUGGGGCUUUUUUUCCCAAAAAAAAAGAAUCAAAUCCACAAUUUAAAAAAAAAAAGAAAAAGAAAUUUUGCUUUGAAAUCCAAAGUGGAAAAAGCAGGACAAAGACAGCAGAAGGGGAUCUCCUUCUCUUCAGAAGUACCAGGGAUGAGGAGGGUCUUUGCCAUUUUAGGUUGAGCAUUUGACUAUAAACUACAGAUAUUCCAAUUGUCCCAGCAAUUUUUCUUACCAUAUAAUUGUUAUCCCCAAAAUUUGGAUCUAUACUUUUGUCGAAUACAAGGUUCCUAUAAUUGUU